UCAGUGUGUAUGAAAUCAUACAGGGCCGUCGCCGCUUAGUUGCACACACCUAUACCUUUAAUUGGGUGAAGAAAUAGUGCAAGGUCUUGAUAAGUACAACAGCCGUAGACCCCGGGGACAUAAUUAAGGAGCAUGAGGAACGGGUACAGCAGCCUGGAGAAAGUAUUGUUUUGCGGUUACAAGGCAACAACCGCCGCGGAAGAACCGCCUAGUGGCUUUCGUCAUUGGUUCCCAGGAUACCGUUUGACUCCAGUUCCCCGUUUGCAAUUGGUGCCAUGGCCCAGCAAUCAGCAACGCUUGGACUUCCAUUGCUACACACUAUCAAGAUGGAAAUGCGUGAGAAACUUCUCGGACAGCCCGUAAGCCGUGCGUAAUAGAGGACUAUCUAGGGAACCGAUGCGAAUGUAAUAGUUUGUGCGCAAUUUAGUUUGGGGACGCGGCGUCGGUAAACAUAGUUCUGAGGUAGGCUAGCCUCAAGUUUAAAAAAAAAAAAAACAGGCAGCCUAUUCCGUGUGCUGCAGGUAUCUUCCUUCCGUCUCUCUGGAAUGCUGCUGCGGCUGCUGAUGUCAUAUUAGGAAAAAAGAGCAGGUGCGCGGAGAGGAUUGUUCUCGACCAAGAGAAAAGCGAUACAUUGAAUGUUGAUUUCGACUCCCAUACGCCCGUGGUGACGCCGCGUCAGACCACGACAGCCCCUCCGUAGGCUACAACAGCUGGCAAACGGUCAUUCCGGUGAGAUAAACCUAUACGCCGCAUGGAUAACCAGCGUUCCUGUUGUAUUUGUGGUGUGUUGACAUGGUGAGCACCAGGUGUCUGUUAGGAGUUAGCUUACCCCGAGUCUAUUAUUCGACUGCGUGAAAUUCCGUGCUAUCCAUUGCCAGGAAAUUUAAUCUGAUGUGUAAACCCGUGUAUCUGCGUACAGCUGCAGUGUGAGCUACAGUAUGUUAAGGCUAUGUUAUACUGCAUGCGUCUGUUUCGUGCGAUGUGACAUGGGCUGUCUUGCUUGAAAGAGGUCUGUGCUAUCUCAACAGCCACAGCCGACCUUGACGCUUCGCAGGACCGAUUGGAGGGGCUGGAAGAUGAGGGUGAUAUCCACGCCGCUUCCUGCGGGCCGCUGACCAGGAGAUGUUAACUGAACACAGCACGUUCACAGCCUUUCCGUCCGUCCGGCCAGCAGGACAUUCCCCUCAAAACGGAGUAGAACUAACCAUACUUGGCACACAACAACACAGAACAACAAGCGGCAUCUUCCAGGCGUAAGGAAGAGAGGGCCACCAACAAACAUGUCCAAAACACUCAAGAAAAAGAAGCACUGGUCGGCGAGAGUGCAGGAGUGCGCGCUGUCAUGGGGUAGUGCCGGAGAACUGGCCUCAUUCGUGGAAGUGCGAGGGGGUGCCGAACAAGGGGAGUUCCCGUAUCUCGGCACUGUGCUUGCGGAUGCUAUGGUUUGCCAUAUCGGCAGGUUUCCAAGCCCUGGAGAUGUGCUUCUGGAGGUCAACGGCACUCCCGUCAGUGGACUGACAAAUCGAGACACCAUCGCCGUCAUCCGCCACUUUCGAGAACCCGUUCGACUGAAGACUGUGAAACCAGGUAAAGUUUUGAACUCUGACCUCCGUCACUACUUGAGCCUGCAGUUCCAGAAAGGCUCUUUGGACCACAAGCUGCAGCAAGUCAUCAGAGACAACCUUUACCUUCGCACGAUACCAUGCACCACCAGGCUGCCUAGAGAGGGGGAGGUGGCUGGGGUGGACUACAACUUCAUCAGCGUGGAGGAGUUCCGCAUCCUGGAGGAGAGCGGCCAGCUCCUGGAGAGCGGCACAUACGACGGGAACUACUAUGGCACUCCUAAGCCAGCGCUAGAGCCAGGUGGGGACCAGGAGGCGGAGUACGGAGGCCUGUUUGAGGAGGACUUUGGGGAGGGGCAACGCCGCAGGACCGCCUCCGUCAGCCGCAUCGAACGGAGCAGCUCCGCCCCUGAGGAGGAGGACGAUGACGAGCAGCAGCUGUCUGUACCCAAUGGUCUGGCAGUGGCAGAGGACGGCAGCGGUCAGAGGGCGGUGCCCAGCUACACACACCCCCGCAACGCACUGGAGGCAGAGCCAAGCCUGGAGCCCCUCCCCUCCAACUGGGAGAUGGCAUACACAGAAACAGGGAUGGUCUACUUCAUUGACCAUAACACCAAGACAACCACAUGGCUUGACCCCCGCCAGGCGAAGAAGGCCAAACCACCCGAGAAGUGUGAAGAUGGAGAGUUGCCAUAUGGAUGGGAGCGCAUUGAGGACCCUCAGUAUGGUGUCUACUAUGUCGACCACAUCAACCAGAGGACUCAGUUUGAGAACCCAGUGGUGGAAGCCAAGAAGAGGCUCGCUCAGGAGGCAGCUGCUAGUCAACCCACCCAGAGCUCAGCAGAUUGUGCGUGUGGGGGCUUCACGCGGGACCCAGGGGCGCUACGCGGGACCCUGAUCCAGGCACCCCUGAGGAAGAGCGCCGGCGGCUUUGGCUUCACCAUCAUAGGAGGAGACCGACCAGACGAGUUCCUCCAAAUCAAGAACGUCCUGAAUGACGGCCCCGCACAGUACAGUGACAUAGCACCCGGUGAUGUGAUAGUGGAGGUAGAUGGCCACAGUGUGCUGGGUAAGACUCAUGCCGAGGUGGUGCAGCUCUUCCAGGCGGUGCCCGUGGGUCAGCAGACCGACCUGCUGCUGUGCCGCGGCUACCCACUGCCUGAAGACUCGGGCUCCAGCCAGGAUGACUCAGCCAGCGCUGGAGGUGGAGGCGUAGGAGGGGUUGGCAUUGCCGAGGGCAUCCCCAUCCUGGUGCCCGGUGUGGACGGCCAGCUGAUGCCAGCCAACGCCCUGGUGUCGCCCAUGGAGCCCGACGGCACGCUGCUCCAGCCGCAGCUGGUGGAGGUGGCACUACAGAAGGGGCCCGGCGGCUUCGGGUUCGCCAUAGCCGACAGCCCCCUCGGACAGAAGGUCAAGAUGAUCCUGGACGCCCAGAGUUGCCGCGGUCUGUUCAAGGGUGACGUCAUCAAAGAGAUCAACCGCCGUAACGUGCAGACGCUCAGUCACACGCAGGUGGUGGACCUGCUCAAGGACCUGCCCAUAGGGGGUGCGACCACACUGCUGGUGCUGAGAGGAGGUCACACAUCUCCUAUAAAGUCUCUAAAGCCGAGUGCCAUGGCCACACACUCCAAGCAUGAGAGACAGGAGAGGCUAGAGAAGCAGCAGGACAUGAGCACUACCCCUCCAGAGGCCUCCUCCUUGCCCCCAGUGGAACUCCCCGCCCCUGGCCUCAUCCCCGGCCUCAUCCCCGGCCCUGCCCCUGGCCUCAUCCCUGGCCCCAGCCCCACGCCUGCUGCUCCAGUACCCCCCUACUCCCUCCCCUUCCCCCCUAACAUGCUUCGCUCUGCCUCCCCCAAGCUGGACCCCUCCCAGCUCUACCUCAAGUCCAAGGCCAUGCUGGAGAAUAAGCCUCCAAACACAAAGGAACUGGAUGUGUUCAUCAAGCGGGACCAGGAGUCUGGAUUUGGCUUCCGUGUGCUGGGCGGAGAGGGGCCAGAGCAGCCCGUAUACAUUGGGGCGAUUGUGCCGCUGGGCGCAGCAGAGAGAGACGGUCGUCUGAGGGCUGGAGACGAGCUCAUCUGUAUCGACGGCGCCCCUGUCACCGGCUGCUCGCACAAGCAGGUCCUGGACCUCAUGACCAAUGCGGCUCGUAACGGUCAGGUCAUGCUCACGGUGCGCCGCAAGAUGACCUACCUGGAAGAUGCAGAGGACGAGGCGGCUCAGCUCCAGGGCCCCGCCCCCGGCCCCGCCCAGGCCUACAACAUCACUCUGCAGCGCAGGGACACCGAGGGCUUCGGCUUCGUCAUACUCACCUCCAAGAGCAAACCUCCUCCCGGGGUCAUUCCCCAUAAGAUAGGCCGCAUCAUCGAGGGCAGUCCGACUGACCGCUGCGGUCAGCUGAAGGUGGGCGAUCGCAUCUCCGCGGUGAACGGCCAGUCCAUCAUGGAGCUGUCACACAACGACAUCGUCCUGCUCAUCAAGGAGGCGGGAACAAUCGUCACUCUCACCGUGGUGCCAGACGAAGAACACAAUGGUCCGGUAUCAGGGACCAGCUCAGCCAAAGAGAGCCCAGCACUGCAACACAAAGCAAUGGGACAGCAACCUGCCAGAGACGACAGGAAUGGAGAGGACAACUCCUUGGUCGGAACAUUGGAAGCCAAUGCACAGGGUUGCUUCCCCGUGGAGCUGAGGCGAGGCCCUCGAGGAUUCGGCUUCAGCCUGCGGGGAGGACAAGAGUACAAUAUGGGACUCUACAUCCUCCGCCUGGCAGAGGACGGCCCCGCCCUCAAAGAUGGCCGCAUACACGUGGGAGAUCAGAUAGUGGAGAUUAACGGCGAGCCCACUCAGGGCAUUACUCAUACCCGGGCCAUCGAGCUCAUCCAGGCCGGGGGCUCCAGAGUGCUGCUGCUGCUGCGGCCCGGCCUGGGCCUGGUGCCCGACUCCAAUGGGAGAGAGAUGGCGGCCCCCUCCUCCUCCUCCGACCUCCAGCCACCACCGCCAGCAGCAGUCAGCAAUAGCAGCAGAGCAGACCCCUACGAGCAGCGCGCCACCUCCUCCCCCACCCCCGCACACACCACUGUUGACGAGCCCCCACCACCCGCUCAACACCUCCCUGUUACUGCUGCUGCCGCCGGCGACCACCACCCAGAGCCCGGCACCAGCAACUCUCCAGGCGACCACCAGGUGACCAGCUCCAGCCGUUCAGGAAGGAAGGGGGACCAUAAGAAGGACCGAGACAGAGACCGAGACCGAACCCCCUCCUCCAGCUACGGUGUCAUCACACCAGCAGGGUUGGGGCCAGCGCCGACGGGGGGACACCACCACCGAGACCAGCGGCCUCGCUCCAGAAGCCCCAAAAAGACGGCCUGGCGAGAGCCCGACGCAGCGCAGAGGCCAGAGGAGGUGGUUGGGGGGGUGCGGGAGAGGAGGCGCAGAGGGGGGGAGGAGGGGGAGGAGGAGGUGCACAGGCACAGGCACGGACAUGACAAAGAGACCGGCGAGGCCCAGGGAACCAACGAACGGCGGCGCAGAGACAAGGGACAGGCACAGAACUAUGAGGCCGGCCACCACAACUCGGAAAGCGGCACGCUCAAAAGUCAAAAGGCUCAACGAGACCACGAGGCCAACAACGCCGAGAGGGAGAGGCAGAGGGGACGAGACCGAAACGGGGAGAGAAAAGAAAGGGACGACAAAUCGAAACAGAGAGAUAGAGAGAGGGAAAACAAGGAGGCCAAGGCGAGAGCUGCGGCAGAGGAGGACAAUAACAGCAGGAGAGAGAGGGAGAGAGAGGCCAGGGGAUCCAACAGUAGCCUGGCGCAGGACACCUUGAGCCUGGAGAAGAGGGGCCCCAUCACCCCUGGCCCCUGGAAAGUCCCCAGCUCGUCCAGGAUUCCAUCCCAUUUGGAGGGCCUCUAAAAUGGGACAGCAAGGCACCACCACCACCUCCCCUUUACACCUGCCAGUCGGUUAAAACCGUAUGGUGGAGAGUCUGCAUUGUGAAGGGUUACCACAGGUUCGGCUCAUGUGGAGGGUCACUAAAAUGGGACAGCAAGGCACCACCACCACCACCUCCCCUUGACUGUACACCUUGUUGUAUAAAGAGGGAGUAGCAGUACUCUUAGAGAUGUAGUUACCACACAAUUAGUAUGGUAUGAUGUAGUUGACACCAUGUAGUAUCAUACCACUAGUGUUGCAAUGACAUCUCGAAGAGUACUAGCUACUUCUGCCUUAGGUGUAUAGAACUCUGGUGGGGAGUCUGCGUCGGUGAAGGGUUACCACAGGUUGGGCUUAUUGGAGGGCCUCUAAAAUUGGACAGCAAGGAACCACCACCUCAACUUUACACCUGCCAGCCGGUUAAAAGCAUGUGGUGGAGAGUCUGCAUGCGUGAAGGGUUACCACAGGUUGGGCUUAUUGGAGGGUCACUAAAAUGAGACAUCGAGGCACCACCACCACCUCCCCUUUACACCUGCCAGUCAAUAAACGUACUGUAUGAUGCCGACGAGUCUGCGUCGGUGAAGGGUUGCCGUACCACAGGUUGGGCUCGUUGCUUCCAUACCAGUUGAACUUCUACCUAUGCUGUGUCUGCCCUAGUAGUAGUUCAACCAUCCAGGACACUGCAUUGAGUCCUGGCCUUGACACUGCCAGCUACAUGAAACCAUUUCCUUGUGCCAAACCUGUUACUGUACUCACACCAGAUGGACAGACAGACAGACAGACAGACAGACGUACAAAUCCUCGUGAGUUUUGUGAAGGUGAAGCAGCUCUACAGGUCUCUGUUUUUAGUUCUGUUGAUCUCCGUCCUCCUCCACCUCCCCUCGGCUCCUACCGUACCUUAAGCUGCCCCUACACACACACACACACACACACACACACACACACACACACACACACACACACACACACACACACACACACACACACACACACACACACACACACACACACACACACACACACACACACACACACACACACACACACACACCAACCACCCCCAUAGAAAGUAUAUAAAAUACACUACUGUCAGUGUCCUUCUAUUGAGCGUGUCCAAGACAUACGUACAGUACACCUAACUAUCUCCUAAGACCAGACACUUGUGCUCAAACCGUAUUGUUUACUUGCUUAUGUGUUUAUGAAAGAUAUGUUGUAAAUUAUGAAAGGUAAUAUAACAAAUUACUAUGUAAUGCUGUAUAGCUAUUAUUUUCACAUUCUAUUUCCUUCUUAAUGUAAAUAUUAUAUACAGUAUAUGAAGAUACUAUAUUCUUUUUCCAUCACACACUCACACACACACACACACACACACACACACACACACACACACACACACACACACACACACACACACACACACACACACACACACACACACACUGCUUUAACUUCCAGAGGCCACAGCCUCUAUCUUUCUUCAGGUAUAAGCCCUUCCACUUCAUUCCUUAGUCACACACACACACACACACACACACACACACACACACACACACACACACACACACACACACACACACACACACACACACACACACACACACACACACACACACACACACACACACACACACACACACACACAGCGUGUUCCACUGGCUCGCAUGACUGACUCCAGAUGACAGGAGUGUAGCUUUACUUGUGUGUGAAAACUACUUGUACAUGCAGGAUUGGGAAAGGGGAAGUUUACAUGUUCUUUCUAUAUUUUCGACAUCAAAAACAAUGAGAAAUUAAGACUGUGAAAUAAAAAAAACAUGGCUGCAUACGAGAAAUAGUGAAAAUAUGAAAAAAAUGUCUCCUGAUUUUGACGUGAUAAUUAUUUUUGCCUUGUUUAUUAUACUGUACAUUCUUUAUUAUUAUACAGUUAUUGUGUUUGUGUGUGUUUGUGAUUUUUUUCUUUUUUUUUUCUUUUUCGAAGUUGUGAGUCGGCUUCAAUGUGUUCACUCACGUGUUACUCACGCUGUAGUUGCCUCUGCAGGGGUGUGUUUCUCAGAAGCGUAGUUGUUAGCCAGUUAGCAACUUGGGGAGUUGCCAAUGGGAAAUUGCAUUGUAAACAACAACAAAGUAGCUAACAUGGUUAGCGACUAUGCCUUUUAAGAAAUGCACCCCAGUGUAGAUUAUUUGAAAGGGUGGGCACGUUAGAGAGUGAAAGACACACCUCAUGGGUUAUGCAUGGUGAGAACGCAACGCAAGCAAGCAGCUUCAAGUUUCUCCUGAAAGUGUGCAGCACACCAUACUGACACAGUAGUGCGUUAGACUGUGAAGACAUCAUCCAUUGCAAAAAAAAAAUGUGUUUGGUUGGUGUCAGCUCCCAUUUGGUUUAAAAAGGUAGUUGCUACCAAAACCUGGAAAUCCUAAGCCCAGAAAGUAAAAAAGUAAAACUGCCUUUAUUCUCCUUUUUUCACUGUAAGGAAGAAGAGAUGGCACUCGUUGCUUAAUUGAGCCGUGUGUCUGAUUAUUUGUAUAUUCUUUCAGAUAGAUCAGAACAUGAUUGGGUGAAGAACAGUAGCCUAUGUGGUAGGGUGUUUUUCACUUCCUGAAGUUGGGGUCUCCCACUCUGAUGCUACCAUUCGAGAUAGUAUCUAAAAA